AUGAAUAUAGUUGGAAGUGAAGAUGUUAUCAAUACAAGGGGACUGCAACAAAGUUCAUUUACCGCAAAGGACAUUCUUCAACGUUCAAAACGACUACUCAAUGACAGAAUUAAUCAAGAGAAACAGGAAGUUGUGAAGGAAAAAGAGGGGGACAAAGAUUUGUGUAUCCUUAAUGAUCAAAAAGAAGAAGGAGAUGAUGAUGAUGAUGAAGUCCCGGAUGAUUUCGAUCAGCAGGUGACCUUUAUCGAAACAGAAACCACAGCUAAUGGAAUACUGCCGAGCACCGAAGAACAGCGACAAGUCGAGCUAAUACAAGACUCUGAAAUUAUCAAGUCUCUUGAAAACAAAAUAUACGAAAACUUAAAGUCGACAUCAGUGAUGGACUUGUUUCAGACGCGACCGACAAAAGUACUAUCAAACUCAAAACCCGUGGUACUAAAAUUACCCUCAGAAAAAUUACAAUUAGUUCUGCAGAACAAUUUACGAAACCAAAGCGACAACUUUGUUGAUAAUUUACCUGAUAUUGAUGAAGGUAAAGCAAUGGAUGAGUUUUUGCGCAAUUUAUCUCAAGAUGUUGUCGAAGAAUUCAAAACUAAUUCAACCGAUGCAUCAUCUUACUCUUUGGACGAUUUAGGUAAAUCCAACGUUCCUAGUCCGCAAAAGAAAAAGAAAAACGUAUUAAACCUGGAUGAUAUUCGAGAGUUGGAGACUAGAAUAUAUAAUAAUAUCAAGUCUACAUCCAUUAAAGAUCUCUUUCUGACUUUUCCAACAAAAAAAAUGGACGGAAAGGUAAAGCUCAAAUUGCCACCAGAAAGAUUAAAACAGAUAGAAUCCAAAGUGAAAGACAAAGAACUUGUUUCUGUUAUUGAUGAGGAAGAUUCUAAACUACAACCAGAAAUGAAGUCGAAGGAUGCGUGUGAUGCAGUUGAUGCGUUGGAACUGAAGAUGUUUGAAAAGGCAAAAAGAACAACGGCAUCUCAGCUUUUCGGUACCAAGCCCAAUAAACCAACAUUACUUGCCAAAAAAGAACAUGCGAACUCACAUACUUUUUUCACCACAAUCAAGCUACCUCCAAAUAAACUAAUGAGUGUGAAACGCAAAGCCAAUGCUCUGGUAUUAAAAAACGAUAGUGUGCUUGCUCAACGACUAAAAGCUACGGCCAAGACAACAGCGUCCUUAUCUUUUCUCUCAUCUUCAUCAUCUUCUUCUUCCUCAUCAUCAUCUUCUUCUUCUUCAUCAUCAUCCUCAUCAUCAUCCUCAUCAUUAUUCACUAGCAUGAUGGCUGCGAGUUCAUCUAUGUCCAAAUCUGCUUUGUCACAGAAAACGAAAAUGAUGCAGCCUCCAGACAUUCUUCCUACUGAGUUUUUGGUGACUGAUGAUGCGGCCCCCAGAAAAUAUACUUUGCCUGUGUCUCGAAAACGUUCAUUAUCUUCUGAAAUAGACCUUUCUGGUCCAAUUCCAUUGUUACCGCCCAAGAAGCGUACCCGGAAGUUUUCAUACACAUCAAUUGGUGUAUUCGACUUAAAACAAUAUGCGCUUGAGAAACUUCCGAAGCUUGCAAAGACUGCGCCAUUGCGAGCCAUCUUUGACCAGAUUCAUGAAGAAACUACAUGCAAGGAUAUGUGGAUUAAUAAGUAUCAGCCAAAACGAAUGGAUGAAUUAUUGGUACACAAACUAUGUAUCAAAAAAAUUGGAUCUUGGAUAGACGAAGCACUUGUAAAACUUGAAGCUCGACCCGUUAGAGAUAUUUCAAAGAAGCUGAAAAAGAAAAACAUUGACCCCUUUAUUGUGUUUGAUGAUUUGGGUGGCUAUGAAGAUGAUUUUAUGCCGGUGCUUAUAUUGCAGGGAAGCUGCGGUUGCGGCAAAUCGACAACAAUUCACACUGCGAUGAAUGAGAGAGAUGGAUACGUCCACGAAAUAAAUAGUGGAAUGCCAAGGGGACGUAAGGAUAUAUUCAACAAUUUAAAAGAGUUGUGUACCACGCAGCUAGUUCACGACACAACUGAGUUCCAAAAAGGCUUGAUUCUUUUCGAGGAUGUUGAUAUAAUCUUUGAGCAGGACAAGUCAUUUUGGUCGGUUGUCGAUGACUUGAGCAAAAUUACAAAGCGACCUAUUGUGCUUACAUGCGAAGAAGUGAAAGAAAUACCAAGAAAUAUUCUUGUACUGAGCGAAUUGAUCAAUAUGGAUGAAUACCCUAUCUCAAGACGUUUGGUUAGGGAUUACAUCUGGCUAUGUGGCCUCGCAAGCAACUAUGAUGCAGAGGAUUCUAUAGUGGAAGCAAUUGUGAGUGAGAACUGGAAAAACCAUAAUUUACGAAAGACUAUAAUGGCAGCUGAGAUGCUUUGCAAAAUCGCUGGAACUAAAACUAAAUUUCUAGAGGAAGAUACGCUGGAAAUGAUGGCUCAACCCAUCUCAACCCCAACCCCAACCCCAACUCCAAAAUGCGAAUUAACUAGAAUCAGUACUAUAUCAAAAGCUAAAACUUCCAAUUUGCCCUUCGGUAAUUCUGAUGGACUACGUGAGCAAAGCAUUUUAUUCGAUCUUCAGUCGGUUUUAAAUCAUGAUUGUCACAUUGAAGUUGAUUCUUACUCUCCCCUGGAUUUUGUAAAUACUAUUCAACUACCUACUACUACACAAGUUUUUGAGCAAGAUGACAUGGUUAUCUACGCUGCUGAAAUAGAUAAAAUGCACACCGAGUGCUUGAACUUUAUCGAGUCACGGACGAAAUACCCUUAUCAAGAAAGAAGAGCCACCAGAGUUUCAACUCGAAUGGGUAGUUUUGAGCCUGCUGCUGGAAUUCCCGAGGACUCGCGUUUAUACAAUUUAUCGCCCACGUCGAUCGUACUAGACUUGCUACCUUUCACGAGAAUUUGGCAAGCAUUCCAAGAGCAGAUUGAUAAGCUAGAGGAAAAAUGCUCGAAUGAGGGCAAACCCAGUAUCAAAGCAUUCAUUCGAUACCGGGACUUUCAAUAUCAAUCUAAUCUUGCUCUGACCAUUGGUUUUGACCAGAAGAAGGAAUAG